AUGGAAGUUAUGAAGACAUCAAACAAAAGGCUAAAAGAGAAAAUGGGCAGGAUAUGUAAUGCUGAUCCAAGAAAAAAAGCUGAAGAGCUUAAGAAGAAAGAGGAGCUCAAGUUAGCAGCUGAGAAAAAGAAAGAGGAACUAGCUGAGAAGAAAAGAAAGGAGACGAAGCUAGCAAGUGAAAAGAAAGCGAAACCUUUAAAUGCUAAGAAUUCUAAUGUAGAGAGUUCAAAGACUAGGGGUACAGAAACUCAGAAAGCUAGAGAUGUAAAGAAGAAUUUUAAGAAAGAUGUAAAAAUUGUUGAUCAAAAUGCAGAAAAAAAAGGUGAAGCAAGCCCUGUUAUCUUGGUCAGUGGCGUUGAUGUUAUUGACCCGUAA